AUUCUGAAACCCAAUUCAGUAUUUGAUUCUAAAUUCUAAUAGCUUAAACUUGGCUCUAUGGGUUCUGCAGAAACCCAAAAACCCCAUGCAGUUUGUGUUCCAUACCCAUCACAAGGCCAUGUAACACCCAUGAUGAGACUAGCCAAGCUCCUUCACUCAAGGGGCUUUCAUAUAACCUUUGUUAACACUGAGUUCAACCACAGACGCUUAAUCAGGUCCAAAGGACUUGAAUACAUAAAGGGGCUACCUGAUUUCCAGUUUGAAACAAUACCAGAUGGGUUGCCACCAUCUGAUAGUGAUGCAGAUAGUGAUGCAAUCCAGUAUGUACCAGGUCUAUGUGAUUCCACAAGAAAGAAUUGUUUGGCCCCUUUUAAAGAGCUAGUGCUUAAGCUUAACUCAUCCUCUGAAGUGCCUUUGGUUACUUGCAUAGUUUCUGAUGGAGUAAUGAGUUUUGCAAUUAAAGUUGGGGAAGAAUUAGGCAUCCCAGAGGUUCAAUUUUGGACUACCUCAGCUUGUGGCUACAUGGGAUUCCUCUACUUCUCUGAACUCAUCAAAAAAGGAAUUAUUCCAUUCAAAGAUGAAACUUUCAAAUAUGAUGGCACUCUUGAGACACCAAUCAAUUGGAUCCCAGGAUUGAAAAAUAUUAGGCUUAUGGACCUCCCUAGCUUCAUUAGAACCACUGACAUUACUGAAACAAUGUUCGACUUUAUGGGAUCAGAAGCACGAAAUUGCUUGAAUUCCCCGGCGAUCAUCUUCAACACAUUUGAAGAGUUUGAACAUGAUGUCCUAGAAGCAAUUGCAGCCAUAUUCCCUCGAAUUUACAAUAUAGGUCCACUUUCCUUACUAGAACAGCAUGUGCCUGAGAGUCAAUUCAUGUCUAUGAGUGCAAACUUAUGGAAAGAAGACCCAAAAUGCAUCCAAUGGCUGGAUAAAUGGGAACCCAACUCAGUUGUGUAUGUAAAUUAUGGCAGCGUGACCAUAAUGACAGAACAACAUUUUAAUGAAUUUGCAUGGGGACUUGCAAAUAGCAAGCACCCAUUUUUGUGGAUAGUUAGGCCUGAUGUGGUAAUGGGGGAUUCAGAAAUUUUGGCCGAAAAUUUUUUUGAGGAGACGAAGGAUAGGGCAUUCCUAACAAGUUGGUGCCCCCAAGAUCAAGUGCUAGCACACCCAUCUAUAGGGGUAUUCCUAACACAUUGUGGUUGGAAUUCUACAUUAGAAAGUGUAUGUGCUGGUGUGCCUAUUAUUUGCUGGCCAUUCUUUGCUGACCAACAACCAAAUUGUCGGUAUGCUUGCACCACUUGGGGGAUUGGCAUGGAGAUCAACCAUGAUGUAAAACGUGAAGAGAUUGAAGCACUUGUUAAGGAAAUGCUAGAAGGGGAUAAGGGGAAAGAAACAAAGCAAAAGGCUCUAGAAUGGAAGAAAAAAGCAGUGGAAGCAACUGAUAUAGGAGGAUCAUCUUACAAGGAUUUUGAGAGGUUAAUUAAGGAGGCUCUCUAUGUAGGAAAGUAAAUAGUAAAUUCUAAAACCAAUUUUUUUUUUUGGGGGGUGAACUUGAAUGGUAAAAUUAUUACACUAGCUGUUGUGGUCAUGUUGCUUCUAUUCCAUCUGCCCAUGUUUUUUUUUUUUUGUUUUUUUUUAUAUAUAGAUUUUAAAUCUGUUCUGUAAAUUCUUAAAUGACUUGUUCUUGUAAAUAAUUAUUGGAAUGU